UCCCUGAUAUUCUUCCUCUGAUUUUUGUGACCGCUAUCCGUUGAUCUUUCUCCGGGCGCGUGGUACUUAUUUCCUGUCGUCGCUAUCUCCUCGUCGCCCAGUCGCUCGAUCUCUCCUCUAGCGCGCAGCCACUCCUUUCUCUCUCUCUGGUCUGCUUCCAGCCGAGCAGUGCCAUGGCGUUCCUCUCUCCCUCUGUGCACGGCGCUCGCUUCUCCCUGGCGCCCGGCCAGAAUUUCUUGCGGCGCGAAGCUUGCUCCCUGCGCCCGUCCCCCAUGGCGCUCGGCCGCCCAGCUGUUUCUUCCUCCUUGCGCUCGGAUUUCCUCUGCUCCAUGGCGAACUCGCCCCAGCCCCCAGCUCGGAUCCCUGCCUCUGCUCGCGCCGGUGCUCGCCCCUCUGCUAUCUCCAUGCCCGAGCUCGUCCUCCAGGUUGCCCCAUGGCGCUCGGCCUCACCCCCUUGCCCCAGCGCCAUCGGCUCCCCGUCCAGCUUCAACCUCGCCGUCGGUCUCGUCUCUGUUCAAGCCGCCAUCGCGCCGUGCCAGUUGUCCAUCUUUGAUCCUCGCCUCGACGUCAUCUUGCCGUGCAACGCUUGCUUGGUGCUCGACAAAACGCCUAAAUCAGGACCAUCGUCGUUCUCGCGAUCAUCGAGUUGGUUUAGGUACGCUAGUUGGUCACGUGAUGCAAAGGUCAAGAGCCAAGUAUUCCCCAAGAGGAUGCAAAGAGUGGACAUCUCCGCAAGACGAUGUCAUCAGUCGGGCCAACCUGAAGAUGGAUAGACUGAGCGAGUGGCAGAACAAAAGCUCCUCGCCAAAGGGUCAUCGUCUAACAACACUAACCUAGUGUUUAUUCCAGGCAAGCCCCGGUGCAUGCAACCCCUUCCUUGUGUUUUUAAAUAAUUUUUGCACACUUUAAGUCUAGUGAAAUGUGCAUUAGGUUUAUAGGAGUUGCUUGAAACCCUUUGAUGCAUUGCCUUCCUUGAUAUCCAUACCUUUAUAGAUACUUCUGGUGAAGUAUCAAAAAUAUGAUUUACAAAAAUGCUUAGCCCUGCUUAGAUCUUGUGGAUAGAGGUUGUCUUUUGCAAUACUGCCUAGCUCAGGGGUUAUCCUGAGGAAGGAUGGCUUCUACCUGCAAGAAUAUAUAUUUUCAUUGGGAGCAUGGUGGGAUCUUACUGCAAAGUUCCCUGUGAUGCUCUUUUCAUCCUAAGGAACACAAACAAUCCUAAGGGUGGAAAUACGUAAAUCGGGACUUGGGCUAGGAACAGGUGAUGUUCUACCCAGGUUGAUUAAGGAUUGAUGCGUGUGUAGGCUUGAUGAUCGAGGACCCUUUAACUGGUCACAUGCCUCGUCAUGGGUAAGCCUUGCCUCGGGCAGACUAAGGCCAGAAUAAGAUAACACGGAAUGGGCGUGGAGCGGUGGCGAGAGUAGCGUGUACCCUCCGUGGCAAGAGGCUGGACGGUGGUGUAUCUGUGCUCUCGGUUCGCGUGAACCUGAUCUGGUCUUAAGAACCCCGGUGGCGGGUUGACAUAUGCAAGGGUUAAGUGCUACAUAUGUCGUGUGAUUGGAGAUCCUCAGCUGAGUAUAAUCGAUUCGGAUCGCCGUACCUUCGCGGUUAUGAAGACUUGGUCACUGCCCUACAACCUAAGUCAGGAUGUGAACCUCAUGCAUAAAAAUGAUGUUGUAUUGAUGAGAUGGUGAAAUUAGACCAGAUGCAAACAGAGUCUAUUAAUAUUUAAUCUGGCGUUAAAACAUUGAAAGUAAGGAUUCACUUUAGUAAGCUAUUUUCUGCAAAAGUAUCUAAGUUGAUUCUUGCUAAAGUCUCUCCUUGAUUCCCAAAUCCAGCAUAUCCUUGAGAGUCUUUUCUUUAGUCGGGUAAGUCUUGCUGAGUAAUUCCAUACUCAGGGUUUUAUUCCCUGUUGUUUUUCAGGUUAUAGUUUUGUGCUGCUGUUGAUGGUGUUAAGUGCCGGUGGGCUCGGCCUUCUUAUAUAAGUAUACCCCGUCUUUAUCUUCUUAUUGAGGAUGGUCACUUGAGCUAGCAUAUAUUUCAAAACUAUAAAUAAUUUAUAACAGUUCAAAGUUUCUUUCUUUGAAUCACUGUAGUAAUCACUCCGAUCAUGUACGAAGUAAAUUUUUGUAACUUGUAAAAUUUGGUAAUAAGAUUUCCGCUGCAAAAUAUUGGUGUGUGUGAUUUGUGUUACUUAAUCCCGCGGUUCUGGUUGUAAGUGGUUUAUCUGAUGUCCUUGGGGCACUCGGACGGAUCCUGUUAAGUUAUUUGGUGCACAUGCAUAGCCGUCUGAGGUCUUUGAGACAAGGACAUGUGCAUGUGGGCCCAAUAACUUGGGAGGUUCUGCCACAGCUGGUAUCAGAGGAGGAUUAAGUAUAAUACGGUCACAUACGUAUUUUAAAAACAAAGUUUUGGUUUCGAAAAACCUAUUUUCAACUAAACCCAUUGUUUGACUUUGAAAAACAGUUUUGAAAAACUAUAAUGCUAGCAACAUCCUCUAUUAAGCCCUAAACUAAGGACUAUCAGGUGGCUUAUUUGAAAACCACUAACCCACAACCGAGGGUAUUGCAUACAUGUGUAUUGUUAUUUUUGAGGCCAUUCAGUUUUUAAUGGAUCGACACUCAAGGUAAGGUGAGAUGUGAGAGCAUGACCGAACAAACGUCGGUCUAGGGGAGUGCUUAAUUGUUGCGCUUGAUUAUAUACAUGUUCCACAUAUGUAUAUAUGAAGGCUGCGAUGUGGAGUAUUUACUUUUCUGGGAAUCAGUACCCCAUGAAUGUGUAUGGAUAUACAUACAGACAUGGGAAUACUAAGAAGUGUAAUGCACUUGUAACGACGCACCUACGCUCAGGUAAGAAGGUGAGUUACCAUAAUGAGUUGCCCUAUGGUUAAAGUGUGGCAACAGCGCCUACGCGUGGCUCGGCGCUUAAUGAAGAGCUGGCCUCCAUAUAGAAAAAUAUGGAGUAUAAACUGAGAUAAACUGUCAUGUGUGAACUGCAUCAUGGAAAAAUGGGAUGUGAUGGAUUUUUUCUGCAGGUACACUAACCUCGAAAACGUAUGUGUAGUUGACGACUAGCAAGAUACCGAGAGAGAACGUAUGCCACCGACAUAGAACGUUAUUGCCACAGUGUGUUGGCAAAAUCAGUGAGGACGAAUAGGACGAGCAUGCAUCCUGAUUGUUGCAUCAUGUUUGUCACCUAUACACCCAAAAUGCUUCUCUCAUCUUUAUUCCAACAACCAUUGAUUGUAGAUAAUGUGGUGUAAUGCGGUAUUACGGACUUCGAUGAAAUAGCUGUCCUCCGUUCUUUAGAUAAUCUAUUAAGGUGUCAUAUGUGUUUUCCCUUGUACUGGAUGUGCCGAUAGAAGGUUGUGACCUGUUUGUUUAAACCAAAAAUUAGGCCAUGUUCUUAUUUAGUGAACCAUGCCCCAAAUUUGAAUGGUCCAUUAUCACUCCAUGAUAAAGCCCAUACAAAUAAAUGCGUAGACAAUUUCCUUAUUGGACAUAAAAUGUACCUAAGCUUAAAACAAGGAUCUCAAGUCAUGUCUCCUUUUAGAACCAUUCCCUUGUUCAGUUGAUGCAGGUUGAGGUCCCUAUUGUAUUCGGCCUCUCCUUGUGUAUCAUCUUGUCGCCUUAUUAACCUAACCUAGGAAAAGCUUGUCUGACCAUUUUCUUAAAGUUUGAUGCCUUUGGAUUCCCCAUCUCUAUUGAAGGCCUACCAACUUAAUCUUAUGAUUGUUUUCCCUCUGUAUCUAAUCAGAUACUAAUCCUUGACCUU